CAGCUCCCACACCCAACAGUGACAGUGGUUGAUUCCGUUGAAGGUUCGUGUUUUGUUGUUGCUCCUGGUGGUGUCCAAACAGUCUGUUGAUUCAAUCUCACUUUCAACUCGGAAAGAUCAUCAUCUGCACCACCGGCGAUCCUUCUUUCUGGCGAUAUUUGUCUGCCUUUGUUCGGUCGAUUCGCACCGGGGUUUGUUCUACCGUCCAGUGUUUGACCAUCCAGUGUUUGUCUGUAUGUCUGUCUGUCUGACACGGACACAGUUGUUGUGUGUACUUAUCUUGAUCGAGCGGAAGAUCGAACCGACCGUUUAGAAAAAAGAGGCGCGAGUAAAUGGAUGGUGACUGGCUCGACGGUGUGGACUCGCGCGAUCGUUAUCACAGCAAUAGAGAAUUAAGUUUCGGUUGGUGUUCGAUGUUUUAGGGCUCCACCAACGAAAGGGUAGCUGUGUUGUGGCGAAAAACUCUUUAACAUGUUUAUCGAUCGUGACUGAUCGUUGAUAUUUGUUUUACGAACCGGACGAUCAAGCGACUUGAAAUGAAGCAGAUAAUCUUGAUGGGUCUUGCCGUUGACGGUGAAGGCAAUCCUUUUCCAGUUAGAUAAUUAAUUUUCAACAAUAUCGAUUCCUUCUAGAACUCUUUUAUGACAGUCACUCAUGUACCAAUAGAUGUAUUCAACACAAAAGUUGUUACGAUAAUUAAGAUGUCCCUUAAUGACACAAUUCAAACGUUUGGGUUUCGAAAGUUUGAACAGAAUACAGGACUCAACCUCACUCCAUUUUAUCAGACGCAUGCGGUAGGCCAAUCCGUUGCUGACCAUUUCGUAAAAUUCACUCACUUUAAAUUGUGCACCAUAAAUAAUUAACAUAAGUUUGCCUUAUCGCGCCUCUUCCAUCAACCUCCGAACCGAGGCCACGGUCUGCAGCGUCCACAUCGAUCCGUGAUGAUCGCGCCAAAAUCGUGUCCCAUGAAGACUCAUGGGUUCCGGGGUAACCAGAAUAAAUGAGAACAAGUAAGACGCCUGCAAAAACGGAAAGGUAGACACUGAUGGAAAGAUACAGGGAGCCCGGAGGACACCGACGAAGUCCAACCAAAUCGAACGGGCGACCGAGCAGCGCGAAAGCCCAUGCCGUCCAAAGUGACAUCAUCCGUCACCGUAUGGCCAGAGUGUUCGACAGCGUGGAAGGAACGGCACGAACAUGGCCGGAAUGGCUCGAUCGACGGCAGGAACGAAGGCAACAAUCGCGUCUGGACGAUCUUGGACUCGGUUUCGAUGGAUCGGCGCGAUUUCAGGUGAAUUUCGCGGACGAAUGCACCUUGAACGCGUCGUCGUCCAUUUCGGUGGUGGCCAUCGUAUUUUUGUCGAAUGAGGGUAAUCUGCACAGGAAAGGAGAAGGAGCCGUUUCGUGGAAGUAAUGUCAGACGGCGAAGAGGACACAGCAUUGUCCAAGACGCAUAUCUGUGUAAGUGGAACUGAACGAUCGAUCUGAGACGAAACGAGACGUGCUCAGAAUUUUUUUGAAGUUGGUCAUGAUUUGAACCGUACUUCAGAACUCGUCAACCCGGAAUCCAGUAGCUUCAAAUAAAGGAACAUAAUUCACAACGCAUUAUAUCAACCCACUCUAUCACUCCAA